AUGGCCUCAGCUCAGGAAGAAGUCGCAUUCGACAUGGAGGAGGACCCGCUGUACAGGUUUCUCUGCCCGGCGAGCAGCGGCCGGGACGACGACCCGCGUCUGUUUCCGGCGGCGGAUCCGAGGAUCGAGGGGAUGGCGGGGCGGCGCGUGUUGUUUUUGGUGGCGGAGAAGGAUUUCCUAAUUGAGGGCGCGUGGGGUUACUACGAGGGUUUGAAGAGGAGCGCGUGGGCGGGUGAGGUGGAGAUAAUGGAGACAAAAGGAGAGGGGCACUGUUUUCAUCUGUCGAACCCCAACAGUGAAAAGGCUGUGGCUUUAAUGGAUCGUUUGGUUGCAUUUAUCACUACUCCAUAG